AUGAACGCGGUGGAGGAAGAAGAGAUCGCUGUACUUGGUCCGGAUUGUGAUCCUCCAGAUUCUCUCUUGAGGGAUGCUCCUGCUGAUCCUUUUCGAUCGGAGUUGUUGCUAUCCACACACACAAGGACCUUUUCAGCUGAUUUUGAUACUAUGGAAUUGACAUCGAUGGAAGAUGGCGAUAAAGCACCAGAUAAUCCGGACAGUGAUGAUGACAGUUUCAUGGAUGACCCUUUGAAUGACCCAAGGGAUACCAAUGCAGGUGACAUGAGUGAAUCUCCCAGCAACUUUGAUUUCUCCAUCAACAGUGCUGAUUUGGAACGAGAUAUCAGAAACAGUGCUAUGCAGACCGUUGCUUUUGAGUAUGUAUACAGCAAUGCCUACGACAUUGUUUACAGCAUCUGCACUUGGCCCAGGCUCCUCCUGAGCUAUUGCUUUAAUUUGUUUCGAUUUGCCAGAAAGAAGGAUGAUGAUGCUGAUACACCAGUGCCACCCAAGGAGGAUAAUCGUGUUCAAAACAUGUCAAUUGCGGCUUCUCAAUCUGCAGCCAUUGGCGUAGGAGCAGCAGUCAUGGCUGGUCAGUCGGCAGCGGCUGGAGGUGGGGCUUCCACAAUGUCGGCUGCUGUCUCUUCUCUUUCAACACCUACUAUGAUUGGGCUUGCUGUGGCAGCCGCUAUUGCAGUGGCUGCUACUACAGCUGGAGUAACCACAGGAAACAGCAAUGGUAGCGAAAAUAAUGCUGCUCCUCGUCCUGGCGGCUGCAAUGACAAUACUGGAUCCCUGGAUGUCAAGCAAGGUAUCGUGCAAAUAGCCUUCUCUGACGGUGAUCACAUCGGUAACAUUGAUACUCCUUCCACAAGUGCAUUGCUGCUAGAGAACAAGGAAGAAUUGGAAACUGUUUUUUCUCAGGUUUACAACAACGUCACUGCCAAUUCCACCAAUACAGCAAACGGUCUGGUUGACCCAUGUGAUGUGCCCUACAUUCCAGAGAAUGGUGUCCAAAUGAUGCAGGUUGAGUCAUCCCAAGAGGAUAAUUUUACCAAUACCUUUUGGGUUUCUGAUGUUCUUUGCAAUGGAUGCUCUGAUACAGAUCCACUUUUUGGCACCAACACAGAUCCUGUUAGGGCUGUUGAUGACUUUGUUGACCAGUUCACCCAGGCAAUACAACCCAUCCUCAAGACUGAUGAUCCAACACAAGACAACGUAGUGCCAGCACACCAAGCACCGCUAGAGUCACCAUUUGAUGUCCUGUUUGUGGCUUUCGUUGACCCUACCACAGGAAAGGUACUACCAGACCAAGCGCAUCAGUUAGGACCUGGUGAUCUGAUUGAGCUAUUGCCAAAUAUUGAUGCCGUUUUGAAUCAUAACAUGAAUGAUCGUGAAGAAGAUCAACGAGAAGCUCCACAAGUGCUAACUCCGUCAUCAACAACAGCUGUCGCUCCCGCAGCCACUGCAGUCAAAGCGUCAAACCCUACAGCCAACGCUGUAAUAAACAACUCUGUACAGCAAGAUGUAGCACCGAACUCUCCCGGAGUUGAGUUGGCACCAAACUAUCCUGCAGCUGCAGUGCCCACAAAUGCCAAAACCUCAGAGCCAAAUCCCACUCAGGCACUAGCAAGUGAUCCGACGCAGCAAGACCAAAUAUCCAUUUCUCCUGUCCUAGCACCAUCGGCUGUAUCAAGUCCAAGUCCCAGUGAUGCAAACAGCUUGCCUUCUUUUGUGAUUGUCUCGCCCACUAAGGCAGCAACAAGACCAUCAUCAAUAGUUAGUCCAUCUGUUGCUUCUGGCCCAAUGAGCUCUUUAAUCAGAAAUCCCACUAUUAACACACUCCCACCGGCAGCAACGAGCCCAUCACUUUCCACGGCCAACAGGGACCAAGGUCCAAGCAAAGAUGGCCAACAGCAAGCCCCUCAGGCUACCAAGCAGAAAAGUUCAUUACCUCCCAUCACAGUGAUGAAGAGUCCCAGUCCGUCCUUUGUAAGACCGGCACCACCACCAGAUGAUGGAAACAAUGGUAACACCCAAUCGAUUGAAGGUCAACCAAUGAUGCCUUCUGGAGAUGUCAGCAUACCUGCUAGCAGCACAAUGACGAGUCCUCCCAUACAAGAAACUACCGCCAUGCCUGCUGCCGCUCUUUCUGAAGCACCCAACAUCCCGGUGCCUGUUGGUGGUUCUGAAACUGCUGAGUCCUAUUCAGCUGUGCCAUCCGAGAAUACGAUGGCUCCAACAGGAGACAUGCUCUCCCCGGAGUCAUGUGCUGGUUUGCAGAUGUUUGCUGCACAUUCAUCACCGGUAGCUUGCAGCAAUGUGAAUGCAGGCGGUUAUGGGGGAGCCUUUGCUAUCGCAUCCAAAAUUGGCUCUUAUCCAACUUCAAUCCCUGCAACAUCGUCCCCUACCCCUAAACCUACCUUUGAACCAACACCACCCAACCCUGUCACCAACAGCACAACCAACCGGCAACCCCACAAGUAG